AGCAGCACCGAGUUACUGACAUUAUAACAUCUUCAUGUUCACAGAACAGAAUCGACACCAGGUAAAGGAGGGAUGUCUUCGUGGUUUGUUGCGUUUGGUCUCCUGCUCCUGCCAACUGGAGCUCUUGGCUUUGCGAUAUUGCCAGGAAAGUCCCUGAAUCACCUGGAAAUCACUGAGAGGGCAAUCUUAAAUGCCACCCUGCAGGCGUGCCGUGCUCUGGCCCAAGCUGAGGGGACAAAUUUCAAUUUUCCUACACAGCCUUACACUGCGAAGGCUGUUGCUGAAGCCUGUGGCACACCAAAGUCAUCCAAGAGUUUCCGCCGAGCCAUUAUAUUCAUCACACUGAUGAAUGUAAGGGUGGACAUCCGUCAUGCCCUUAAUGCCAGCUUCCAUUUUGAUGAAGAAAUGUUUGUUCAAGGAAGGAAAAUCAUCACUGAGGGAAUAAGGGUCAUCAAAGCAAACAACAAGCAAGGAAACUUUGAGGCAGCAAGGCAGAAAAUGGGAGAGAUUUUACAUCCUAUACAGGACUUUUACAGCCACAGUAACUGGGUGGAACUGGGCUACAUAUUUCCAAACCCUAAUCUGAUCAGAUCGGACACCAGCAUUGGAAACACAGCAGAUGAAAGCAGGGCAACAUGCCGCAACUGUGACGGAGACAACUGCACAAACAACAUAUUGGAGGACAUCAUAGAUGAGGGGAUACUGACCUCUGGAUAUUUUGGUGUAGUGCCUUUAUUGUCAACCAAACCAAAAGGAAAAUGCAGUCAUGGCGGGGCAGUUGAUCAAACAAGCACCAUCGAACCUAAAGGUGGGAUCAACAAAGACACUCUCGAUGCCAGCCAUGGACACCUCCACAUGACAGCAGCAAAUAUGGCUGUAGCUGCCAGCAGUCAGCUACUGGAGGACAUUCGAGGCGCUGCUGGGGAAAGACCGUUCCUCCAGUUGAUGGGAAUCUCCAAAGGAUCCAGUAAAGCUCUUUGCUUUGUGAUUGACACGACAAAAAGCAUGAGCGAUGACAUUGAUGCAGUGCGGAACGUCACUUCCUCUAUAAUCAACAGUAAAGUGGGAACAGAGGAUGAGCCCUCACUCUACAUUCUUGUCCCCUUCAACGAUCCAGAUUUUGGGCCGCUCAUAAAGACUACAGACCCAAAUAUCUUCAAGAACGUUAUUAACUCACUAUCAGCAACCGGUGGAGGAGAUGAUGGGGAACUGAGUCUGUCAGGGCUUCAGCUGGCUUUAACUAGCGCUCCGUACAAUUCUGAUAUCUUCCUCUUCACGGAUGCGCCUGCUAAAGACAAACAACUGAAAAGCACAGUGAUCGCACUCAUAGAGCGUAGACAAACAGUGGUCAACUUCAUGAUUUCUGGCUCAACAGUGCUCAACAAGGAAGGGAUCGAAGGGAACAGGAUCUCCGAGUCAGAGGCUGAGCUGUACAGAGAGCUGGCUCAGGCGUCAGGAGGUCUGGCUAUAGAAGUCACAAAGAGUGAGCUCCCUGUGGCCACCAGCAUCAUCACACAGUCCUCCACCUCCUCUCUGGUGACUCUACUGCAGGCAGCCAGGAGCCCAGGCAGCACAGAUACGUUCUCCUUUAUGGUUGACAAAACUAUAAUCAACCCUUUAGUUUACAUUACUGGACGCUCCUUCAGUUUCACUCUCACCAGCCCCACAGGAGAAUCUCAGCAAAGCACAAACUCAAUGGGCUCAUUGAUCAUUACAUCCCAGUCAGUCGGAAACUUCCAGACUCUGCGGCUUCAAAAACAUGUCGGACUGUGGAAAAUGAAUAUGGUGUCGACUAAUCCCUACACGCUGAAGGUCAUAGGUCAGAGUCCUUUUGAUUUCCUGUUUGACUUUUUCGAGGCCUCGCAGGGCCCGUUCACAGGAUAUGAUGCUCUCGACACACGUCCUAGAGGGGGUGUCAAUGGUAGCUUGUUGGUGUCUUUAACGGGAAGUGACUCCGCCACAGUGACAGAAGUUGCUCUCAUUGAAUCGUCGGGGCUGGGGGAGAUUAAAGCAAUUGUGGAGUCACAGGGGAGCGGGAACUUCUUAGCUCUCUUCGACAGGAUACCGUCAGUGGAGUUUGCGGUGCGGGUGAAGGGGAAUGAUGGAUUCCAAAGGCAGUCCUCAACCAACUUCAGAGCCUCUAAUCUGACUAUCACUGCUGAUUCAAACAGCAUCCUGAUACCAGGAACCCCUUUCUCCGUGCCUUUCUCGGUGAUGAGCAAUGAAAUAGAGGGAAACAUUUCCAUCCGAGCCACAAACAACCGAGGUUUUGACUCAGCAUCUCCAACCAGUUUAUUUCUGGAAGCUGGAAACAGUGCCAACGACACAGUGACGCUCUCCGCUCCUCUUAACACCCCGUCUGGUACCGACGUCACCCUGACCAUCGAGGCCGAGGCUCCGGGGGGCCAAGACACAAACUAUGUCGUGCUGCGUUUCUCCGUCAUUAACACGGGGACUGAUUUCUCUCCGCCGGUGUGUAAGCUGCUCAGCCUGCAGUCCAACUGCUCUGAUAUCUGCAGCUCCUCGAUGUGGGAGCUCUCUGUUCAGGUGACUGAUGGCGAUGGCGAGUCGGGUGUUGACAGCGUUACUCUCAGACAGGGCAACGGGACUUUAAAAACCAGCCUGGCCGCUGGAAACGACAACAUCACGCUGGUUUCCUACAAUUCUUCUUGUUGUUCGCCUGAUGUGGAGCUGCUGGUUGUGGACAGAGUGGGAAAUGUCAACAUCUGUUUUUACACUUCUCUGUCCACCAAAGUGACUCAGUGGCCUCUUCUGAGUCUAAUCAUAGUGGUGUUAGGGCAAAUCAUUAAAAGUGCAAUAAUCUAGGUUUCUCCUUUAACACUCUAUAUAAUAUCAGUCAAAAAGCUUUCAUCAACAGUUUGCAGCAACAAACUGGUUUAUUCUCUUACGGUUCUCUCUGUUAAACCCAGUAUACCCUAAAAUUGCAAUCUUACCCAAACCAGAUGCCAGAAGCUAACUAGCUAACUGCAGCAACACAAAGUGAUAAAAAAGCCAAAUAUUUAGCAAACACAUAUAUUUAUUUAGUUGGUGAAGACCAAAAAAAGAGACAAUGUUGUGUCAGGUGGUUGGAUGACCCUGUUUCAGAUUACAUACUUACAUUUGUUGUGUCAGGUGGUUGGAUGACCCUGUUUCAGAUUACAUACUUACAUUUGUUAAUUUAUUAUUAAUUUUUGAUAUUCAUACUUUUCAGGUUGCAUGCAUAGGUGCUCUUCAGUAACACAUUGUUUGCUAAUUCACUAUCUUUUUAUUGUAAAGAUAACAUGUUUAUGGCUCAGCUUUUUUUGGAUUGUAUCCGCCCCCUAGUGGCCAAAAAAGUAAUGAAGCUUUACCAGUAAGCCUGGUACUUCUGUUUUCUGCCUUCUGUACAGAGAAUGCAUGUCUUUCUGUUUAAUCACACAAUCAUAACACCACAAGAGAAAGGCUCACUGGAAGAAACGGUCUACAUGCAUUCGGUCAUAUAGAGAUGGACUGGUCAGUGUCCUCACCUCUAAAUCACAGGAAGUCAUUUCUUACCAGGAUUGUUUGAUUGAAAAUGUUGUAACUACAAACUGAGGCAAACAUUUUUAAAAAACACUGAUUUUUAUUGUUGUCAUAGUGUGUCUAAUGUAUAAUGCUUUACAGAACACACAACAUUUGUCUUUUCACAAUUUGCUACAAGUUCAACUUUUUUUCUCCCGUUUCCUUUUAUUACUAUUUACAUUUUGAAGAGUUUUCAAAGAGUCUAAAUAAACUGGUCAGUGAUUGAAUCGUACUGAAGCAAAUACAA